UCUGUUCGAGUAGCAUCCAACUUUCUGGAAAGACUUUCCACUUGAUUUUGGAGUGUAAUUGUCGAGAUUUAUGCUCAUUCAUCAAACGCCGUUAGUAAAGUCAGUGUUCUACUUCAUCACAAAGGUGAACAUAUAGGAUUGAAGUCAGGGAUCUGUAGAAGUUUACUCAAGUUGUUCUACUCCAACCGAUGUAAAGCAUAUCGACAUGGACCUGGUUUUGUGCAAAGCGGCAUCGUCAUACUGGAAAAGGGCCAAAGACGAGGCUGUUGACAUUGACGCCUUAGCAGCCGAGAUCGAGGGAGCCAGUGCAGCAAAAGAACUGAGCAAAGGCAAGGGCAAGAAGAAGAAAGGAGCAAAGAAAGAUGACUUUGAUGAGGAUGACAUUCUGAAAGAACUGGAGGAAUUAUCCCUUGAAGUGCAGGGUGGUAAAAAAGACAAAGAACCAGCAAAGAAAACGAACUCCAUAGAAGAACCCGAGGUGGAGCCAGCACCCACCAAGGCAGACAAGAAGAAGGCCAAGAAGGGCAAGAACGAAGACGAUGAGGGUGAAGAAGCUGAGGGUAAAGACGACAUGGAGAACGAGAGCAGGACGAAAGGCAAAAAGGCAGCGCCGGCUCCCGCUGCUGCUCCUGCUGCUUCAGAGUCUGAUGACGAGUCACAAUCACGACGCAAAGCCAAGGCCAACAAGAAGGGGGGGCGGAAGGGCGUGUCGGACUCUGAAGAUGACGAUGAGGAUGGCCGUGCAAAAAAGGCCGGUGGAAAUAACGACGAGCAGUCAGAUGACAGUUCUCAGGCGUCACGCAAACAGAAAAAGAAGGUGAAAGCAAAGGCUGAGAGUGACAACGAUGACGCAGAGGACGACGGCACUUUCAAGAUGAAGACGGCAGCGCAGAAGAAGGCAGAGAAAAAGGAGCGAGAUAAAAAGAAGAAGGAAGAAGAAAGAGCAAAGAUGAAAGCGAAAAAGGAGAAGGAGGAAGAGGCCACUAAGAAGGACACAGCCAAGCCUGCUGGCAAAGCUGCAGCUGCUCCAUCCACAGAGACUAAAAAGACUGAGGUGGAGGAGCAAGACGGGGCUGAAGACCAGGGCGAAGAUGAAGGUGAAGGUGAGAAGAAGAAAAAAGACAAGAAGAAGAAGAAAGGAGAAAAGGAAGAAAAGGAAAAAAAGAAAGGACCUAGCAAAGCCACAGUAAAGGCCAUGCAGGAGGCCCUCGCUCGAAUGAAGGAGGAGGAAGAGCGAGCCAAGAGGGAGGAAGAGGAAAGGGAGAGACGCCUGGCAGAACUGGAGGCACAGAGGCUCGAGCAGGAACGACUGGAAGCAGAGAGGAAGGAGAAAAAGAAGCAGAAGGACAAGGAAAGGAAGGAGAGGCUAAAGAAAGAGGGCAAGCUCCUGACCAAGUCUCAGAAAGAGGCUCGAGCCAGAGCUGAGGCCACACUCCGUGCACUGCAGGCCCAGGGUGUUGAAGUGCCAUCCAAAGACUCAAUGCCAAAGAAGAAGCCUGUUUACGGUGACAAAAGAAAAAAGAAGCCAACAGCACACAUUUCUGAAGAGACCUCAGAAGUUGCUUCACCCACGUCAGAAGUGGCUGAGCCGAUCGUCAUGGAGAUGGAUGUGAACGCUUCCAAAGCGGAACCAGCAGAGACUGAAGCUAAUGCUGACAGUGCAGACCUGGAUGACUGGGAGGCCAUGGCCAGUGAUGAAGAAAGAGAGUUGAAGAAGGUUCACAUCGAAGUAAAGGAGACAGCAGCCUCUUCGCCAUCCCACAAAUGUUCUGCUCCUGCCGACCAGGAGAACGGCAGUGAAGAAGAGGAGGAGGACGAGGAUGAGGAGGACGAAGAGGUGGAUGAAGAGGAAGAGAGCGAGGAAGAGGAUGAAGAGGAAGAGAAGGACAGCCAGACAGCAAAGGGGAAAAGUCGGAAAGACGAGAGCUCCGAGUCGAGUAGUGAGAGCGAUUCGGACGAUGAUCGCACCAAAGAGGAGAGGAUGUAUGACAAGGCCAAGAGACGCAUCGAGAAACGGAGACAGGAGAACCUCAAGAACAUUAACUUGGACAAACUGAGAUCCCCUGUGGUCUGUGUCUUGGGUCAUGUAGAUACAGGGAAGACAAAAAUCCUUGACAAGCUGCGACACACACACGUACAGGACGGAGAAGCAGGUGGAAUCACCCAACAGAUCGGUGCCACCAACGUUCCCUUGGAAACAAUCACUGAGCAAACCAGGAUGGUGAAAAACUUUGACAACGAAAAUAUCAGAAUUCCAGGAAUGCUGAUUAUCGACACCCCUGGACACGAGUCUUUCAGUAAUCUGAGAAACAGAGGCAGUUCUCUGUGUGACAUCGCGAUCCUGGUGGUGGACAUAAUGCACGGACUGGAACCACAAACCCUCGAGUCUAUUAACCUGCUGAAGGAAAAGAAGUGCCCCUUUAUUGUUGCUCUUAACAAGAUUGACCGUCUAUAUGACUGGAAGAAAAGCCCAGACACAGACGUGGUUGCUACACUAAAGAAGCAGAAGAAGAACACUAAGGAUGAGUUUGAUGAGCGGGCCAAGGCUGUCAUUCUAGAGUUCGCCCAGCAGGGUUUGAAUGCAGCCUUGUUCUUUGAGAAUAAGGACCCACGCACGUUUGUGUCUCUGGUGCCCACCUCUGCUCAUUCAGGCGAUGGCAUGGGUAACCUGAUCGCCCUGCUGGUAGAUCUCACACAGACCAUGCUGGCACGUAGACUGGCCCACUGCGACGAGCUCCGAGCACAGGUCAUGGAGGUCAAAGCUCUGCCUGGUAUGGGCACAACGAUAGACGUGAUCUUGAUCAACGGGUGCUUGCGUGAGGGUGAGACCAUCAUCGUGCCAGGUGUAGAGGGGCCCAUCGUCACUCAGAUCAGAGGGCUGCUAUUGCCACCACCUCUGAAGGAGCUUCGUGUUAAGAAUCAGUAUGAGAAACACAAGGAGGUGAAUACAUCUCAGGGAGUGAAGAUCCUGGGGAAGGAUCUGGAGAAAACUCUGGCCGGCCUGCCGUUGCUUGUGGCUCAUAAAGAUGACGAGAUCCCUGUACUGAGGGAUGAACUGAUUAGGGAGCUGAAGCAGACACUGAAUGCAAUAAAGCUGGAGGAGAAAGGUGUUUAUGUACAGGCAUCCACCCUGGGCUCACUGGAAGCUCUGCUGGAAUUUCUGCGCACUUCUAAAGUGCCCUACGCUGGCAUUAAUAUUGGUCCCGUUCACAAGAAAGAUGUAAUGAGGGCAUCUACAAUGCUGGAGCACGACCCACAAUAUGCAGUGAUCCUGGCGUUUGAUGUGAAGAUUGAGCGAGACUCUCAGGAGAUGGCCGACAGUCUCGGUGUGCGGAUCUUCAGCGCCGAAAUUAUUUAUCAUCUGUUCGAUGCCUUCACCAAAUACAGGGAAGACUACAAGAAGCAAAAGCAGGAGGAGUUCAAGCACAUAGCAGUGUUUCCUUGUAAGCUGCGCAUUCUGCCUCAGUACAUCUUCAAUUCCAGAGACCCAAUAGUCAUGGGGGUGAUAGUGGAGGCAGGUGUGCUGAGGACGGGCACCCCAGUGUGUGUACCCAGCAAAGCGUUUGUGGAUAUUGGUAUCGUUACCGGUAUUGAGGUGAAUCAUAAGUCAGUGGACACUGCAAAGAAAGGGCAGGAGAUCUGUGUGAAGAUUGAGCCGAUUCCUGGAGAGUCGCCCAAGAUGUACGGCCGACAUUUCGAGGCUGUAGAUUUCAUAGUUAGCAAGAUUACUCGCCAGUCUAUCGACGCGCUGAAGAACUGGUUCAGAGACGAGAUGCAGAAGUCAGACUGGCAGCUAAUCAUGGAGCUGAAGAAGACUUUUGAAAUCAUCUGAGAAAACACUGACUUUCAAACUGACCUACAUGCUGAGACCACACACACACACACACACACACACACACACACACACACACAAAUAAACUAAAACAUAAGUGUGGGUGUGUGCACGGUCAAGACAUCCCUGUUUUUCCUUCAUCUUCUCCUUUAUGAGUGGUGGAGACAAAAUAAUAAAUAAAAAAAAAGACGAGGAAGAAAAGUUUUUCUGUGAGAAACUGAAACUAUUACCACUGUUUUUAACAGUGACCGUUAGAGAAACAUUUACACACUAUUCCAAACGUGCCUGUUGUAUCUGAUCCACCUGUUUAGUUUUUCUCUGAAGCAUGGAGCAGCUUUAGAUGAAUGUCACCCAAAAUUGCUAACAUGGCCAAGAAGGUGUGAAAGUAAACGAGUGUUAGCAUAGAUAUUAUUAAGUGCUAAUCGGCUCCUGCUGGCUUUGAUGGAUUAAUAGCAACGUAAACACGUUUGGGUUAAGGCGUAGUGCCAGUUUUGCAGGCUCGGUUUCAGUCGGUCUUUGUGUGAAUUACGGUGUCAGCGGCGUUGACACCUCACACAGUCUGUGUGUUCAAUACACCAUAAAGUGUCCAAGCGAGGAAAAAUGGCAAGUGGUGAUUUCACUGGUUAGACUUAAAUUUAAAAAAUAAUAAGAAUUUUAGACUUUGAGUUACACCAUGUCAGUUUUUUUUUUUUUUAUACAGUUUCCCAUUAUGACCCUGAAAUGUUUGUGUAUUUUGCUCCUUUGUCAAUUAAGCCCAGUAUUUGUCGCAAGGCUUUUAUCACAUCACUUAAUGCCGCCUUGUGUCUGUCGCUACUUUGUUUGCUUGGUAAGAAUUUCAUUUCCCAUAAAUGCAAGAAUAAUUGUUGGCAAUUUCAUUACCAAUAAAGAGAUGGCAUAUUUAUAGGA